AGAGGAACAAAAGACCGUAACGCGCUUUUUUAUUGGAUGCCCCCUGCAGGAUUGAAAUAUCACACAACCGUGAACAACGCCAGAUAUAUCAGUAACCUGCACCGUGCUACUACUACGACUGCUCGAGAUAUCCAAGCAGGAAGAUUUGAUACCGCAAUGCAGGAAGAUGAUAUUCCUCCUCUCCCACCACCCAGGGGGUCUUCGCUUUCAAAAGAGCAGAAACGAGCUCAAACAGUCAAAACAAUUGGCGUCAGCCAAUACGAGGACUCCCAGGCGGAAAUAAAGCCAACGAUUAAGCCGAGAACGCGGUUUACUAAGGGGGCAUUUUCUUCAAUUUCAAGAGGAAGAACGAGACUGGAAGCUAAAGGAAACGAUUACAUGAAUUAUCGCACCGAACGAGCUGCCCAUCCCGGAGCAAUUGAGUGCCAUGAAAAGGAAAGCAUCGCAUCUCAAGGACACAAGAUACCUCCUUCAGUCAAGGAAAAGCCACAUAAUUUACCUCCCGCUACUUCUAGAACAGUGAAUACAGCAACAGACUCGGCUAGCCCUAGGCCAAGAAAAGUUGAACAUGAAAGUAAUAGUGGCUUCCUUAGAAGACAAACAACAGUGAAGACGGAUAGCAGAGGGUAUGUAGACACGCACAGUGUAUGUCAUAAGUAUUUAUCUGACCUAAGUCUUUCUGAGAAGAACAAGUUAGAAGACCUAAACUCGACACCACCAACGUUUCAUGAGAAGAUGAAUGAGACAGCGGGGCUCACACUUAAUGCAGAAAAAGGGUAUGCCCAGAAGGACGAGCUUAUCAAAGGGCCAAGACAAGUGAACAGCUGUGGCACGGACCCAGGGAGACAUAAACCAUUAACAGCAACCGUUUCUUUACCAUGUGAUUUUAAGGAACAAGGCAGUGACAUUUAUUUUGAAGUGAAGUCGAUACCCGGUACGAAUGCGGACCGAGUUAAUGAUUUAAGUAUUCCGCCGCCACCAAACCCAAGUAAAAUGGAGGAAUGGACAGUCGAUGACGUCGCUGACUAUUUGGUUUAUAUUAAGCUUGGGAAAUAUGCCGAAUCUUUUAAACAAAAACAAGUGGAUGGAGGUAUCUUUUUGGUCUUGGAUGAAGACAUUCUUAGAGAGGAUUUUGGAAUAAAGAGCAGAUUUGAAAUAAGAAAAUUGUGCCUCGCUCAGAAGGGAUGGACACCAAAGACUGGAUGAGGGUUGGCCUGUUUCUUAUACAGGGUUACAGUACGGCGCGCGCUACCGUGGCCACAUUCAAAAUUUCGUGACGUAAGCCAGUAAAAGGAUGCGAGACGUGCUAUCUGAUUACAUCUGAUUGGCAUUGAAAAUAUAGCAUUUAUAAAACGCUAAUACAGUAUAAACCAUGUUCUAAGCGCUUCAUAUUUAAAAUAUAUUAACUGAAGCUUCUAGUAAGCUCACAUACGUUCAAAAAGUCAAAUUUUGUGCCGUAAAAGAGAAGGAUACUAUCCAUGUCUCGAUCGGGAAUCGAAACCGUUUCAGCGGAGGUGAAAGGCACCAUAAGCUGACAAACUGGGCCACCUGUGUACCUCUAAUUAACGUCACUAGCCAACCAGCAAGGCAAACUUGAACAGCAAGAGAGUCCACGUGUUUUACCAAAUUGUAUUGUAGGUAGCUUUUUCAAUUGUUACUACAUUUUAAAAACA